AGAUAAUUUCUAUGUAAUAGUACUAUAGUAGUAUAUAUAUAUAUAUAUGUUAAGUUAAUGUUGUAAGUGCAACAGCCAGGCAAGAUGUCACGCAACAAAAAAGACAGGAAUAACCUCAUGAAUAUGAUGGGAUACGGAGGCGAUUCAGACGACGACAGCGCCGACUUUGAGGCCGAACUUGCAGCUGUGAUGGGGGGAGGUGCGGGGCCGAGUAAAAAGGCAAAGAAGCCAGCUCCAAAAUUAUUAGAUUGGUCAAUCAUUGAUGCGCAAGUGGAAGCUUCAAUGAAAGACGAUGACGAUGAAAUGGACGACGAUAUAAAUGCUGCCGAUGAAAAUGAAUUCAUGUCAGAACUAAACGACUUGAUAGAAGAAGAGCCCUCUCUCCUCCACCCUGGAGCUACCCAGGGUGGGAAUCGAUCCCCGAGCCCCCAACCUUCACAACCUGGAGGUGUAUUGGAGCAAUUAAAGUCAAGAAAAUCAAUGUACGAGCUGGCUGUCAAGAAUGCACAAAGUAAAGGGGAAUCUGCUAAGGUACGAAGGUUACAACGAGGUUCCAAAACACUCGAUGGUUUGAUUCGAUCAGCGAAAGCGGGAAAGCCAAUUAAAGAGGAUGACAUACCCCCUGUGGUAGCUACAGGGCAACCCCCUUCAAGUGACCCCACACCCCAACCUCAACAACAGUCACCCCUUAUUGAUAUAUCUCCCCCACAAACCCCUACACAACCCCCGAUUACCCCUACGAAGGUUAUAAGGCCAGCCCCACCCCUACCAACACCUUCUCCAAUCACCCCUAAAGUAACUCCACCCCCUAAAGUGACCCCACCCCCAGAAAAUACCACUGAAUCUAAAAUGAACACAGACUCUGUCAAUUUCCUUGAAACCAGGAAGCACGAAUACAAAACAACUGCCCUCAAAGCUAAGCAUGAAGGAGAUAAAGAAACUGCAAUCAAAUACCUGAGGCUGCUUAAGCUAUGUGAUGCUGAGAUAGAAGCUGCUAAAGCUGGUAAACAAGUCAACCAUGGUAGUUUCCCAGCUGCAAAUACAACAUCAUCAGCGUUAAUAACACAAGACAUCCCUUCUAAAGCACCUGCUGUUCAAGUAACGUCAGUUUCAGAGCCUGCUGUCAUGCAAGCCGCCCAAGCGACCCCUCGUGCCCCGACCACUGUGUUAGAUGCUUUGGGACAAAGGAUGCAAAAGUAUCAAAGUUCUAGUGAAGCUGCUAAGAAGGAAGGGAAUGGUAGUAAGGCCCGACGUAUGGGUCGAAUAGUAAAGCAAUACCAAGAUGCCAUCAAGUCAGUUAAAGCUGGCAGAAAAGUGAAUUUCAACGAACUACCUGUACCACCGGGGUUCCCUCCUAUUCCAGGUAACACCUCACAACCUGAAGUAAAUAUAUUAGAGCAAGCCAACGCACUAAUGCAACAAGAUGAUGACAAUGAUGAUCAACCACAAGCAUUGAAACCUCCACCUGUUGCCACCCGCAAGACCUCACCACAAAGAAGUGGAGACGCUUCAACCACCAAGAAAACCCCGUCCCCUCAACCUUCAGGUUCAUCACAACCUUUGCAAACAAAAUACGAGCAGCAAGUAGCUUUCCUGGAGAAUCGACAAGCAGCGUUCAAGAAAGCAGCAUUGGAGGCGAAACAUAAGGGAGAUAGAGCGACAGCUAUCGAGUUAAUUAAGAAGAUGAAAGGUUUUGAUUCCUUGAUUGAGGCUGCGAAAGGGGGAAUGAAGAUUGACAUCAGCAAAGUUCCCCAACCACCAGCAGAGGGCAGUAUUGGUGAUGAUGAUGGGUUUGAGAUGAUUGACAGCCAUGUGGGUGGAGCCUCUACAUCACCUGAGGAAGAUCAAGCUAUUUAUUCAAGGAUACUUGAGUCGCUGUCAUCGCAAGUUAAGAAAGCCCGAGCGUACGCCCAGCAGAUGACCCACGCAGGUGACGUGGCAGCAGCUGAACGAUGCGAUCGACUCGCCACCAACUCACAAGCUGACCAUGAUUAUGUGAGGAGUUGUAUUCGACAUAAGGAUCAACCACCAAGGUUCCAUUAUGAACAACAAGUAUUUGAGACGACACGUCUUAACCCGGACAUCGGGACGAACGAGUUGGAGUUGUUGAUCGUCCAAUGUAUUGACUUGCAUGCAGGGGGGAAAGACAAGAUGUUCGUGGAAUGGGAGAUGCCGUUUCCUCAUGACAACCCCAUUAAAGGCCACACUGAAGAAGCCAGACCCUCACAGAGCCCUAAGUUCGAGGCCACGUUUCGCGUCCCAUUUGUUAGGAAACUUAAAUCAAGCCAGAGAGCGAUUCGUAGCAAAGCUAUUAAACUGGAUGUUAUUGCUAAGGGUGGCUUUCUGCGAAGUGACAAGUCGUUAGGCGCAACGCAAAUCAAACUUGCUGCGUUAGACUCACAUUGUGAAUUACAUGCAAUUGAGGAGUUGAAAGAGAAUCGCAAUGUUAGCGGUAAGAUUGAGGUUUACGUCCGACUUCGAACCCCCCUGUCUGAGUCAGAUUCCACCAAAAGUACGGAGCGUUGGUUGUUCGUGGAGCAUACCAAGCGUCAUCUGUCGCCCCCACAUGCAUCGUCGAGCAGGAAAAGCGCUUCUCCCAACCGAGCGUCUCCUAGACCGAGUGCUCGCGCUGAUGACAAGAAAGUGAACAUUGCAAGCGUUGAUGUUCUUGAACUCGAAUUAAAAGUGAUUCGAGCAAAAAUAGAGAAUUAUAAGAAGAAGGGAACGUCCCCACCUAGUGGUCUGAUUAACGAGGGAAAGAUGGUUCAGUUGAAACUGGAAUCGACGAGAAAGUUUUUAAAACAAGGAGGUAGCCAUGCUAGGAAAGAAUACAUCUCCUGUUUAAAGCAGCAGUACCAGCACCUUUCUAUUGAAAUACAAGCUUACACCAAGAAUGGAAAAAGGGAGCAAGCAAAGUUGGCGUUAACGAAGAAAAAUUAUGUAAAAGCAGAAUUGGACAAACUGGUUUCAGCAUGAGAUUUAUAUUGUUGCGUUUUCAAACCAAUGUUUGCUAUUUCUAUCUUACUUGUGGGUGUUUUCCUAUGUACCGCUCCCGAAACAUAUAUAGUUCAAUAUCGCAGUUUAAUUUUAUCUAAUUUUAGAUAUGCAAUAAAAAUAUGUAGAUGUAACAUGUUA